AAGAAGGGCCAGCCGCUUCGGUGUCUUUCCUCUCGUGUUGCCUUUGCCGACUAGUACACCUUGUGAUAGAAGUCUGUUCCUAGUGGCGCCCGAACGAUACAAUCCUCGAAUAGUAGCAACAGCAGCAGCAUCAACAAAAAGCAACCGCUAUCUCUAAAAACUCCUCGAGCAACCCAGGAAAACGCAAACGCAAGAGCAGCCCCAUCACGCAACCGUAUUAAGAGUAAGAACUGGUGGAACAUGAAGGCCAACCAUCGGCAGUCGCUUCGGCAAGCUCCGGCUGCUCUGAUUGCGAAUCCUGGUACACGAGUCGAUCCACCUCUAUCCUUUCACGACAAUCUCCUGUUGAUUGAAAUCCAAUCCCACACAUUUUCCAAUACUUCCUUGACGAUUCCGUUUUCUCUCGUUUGGCAACGCGAACAAGAAAUGCGCGCCGCUGUGGACGCCUUGCAAAUUCCCCGGGAUCGCUGGAACGGCUCCCUUCUCUAUUUGCGCUGUUGUGUUCAGCAACAGUCGCACGUCAUGUUGAAUCCCGAACGCGUUUGCGCUGAGCAAAAUUACUCCCAAUUAAUGGCUUGGCAUCCGUGGUUGACGACUCUCCUCGAACGCUACUACCACACCGGACGUCUCACGGUACCGACAAAUUGUCUCGGCUACGAUUUUCUGCUGGCGCUUGAGUUUUUUGGUAUCGUCUACCGUCCGCAGCAGCUCGUGUGCAAGUCUCUGGCUUCGUACAAUUGCAUUCAAGCUUGGUCGGAGUAUUUUCUCUACCGUACGAUUGCGGCCGAGUGGGUCGCCAGAGACGGGUUGGACGAGGCCCCGCAAAGCCUUCGGCACGUGUUUGGGACAACAUCGGCAACCACACCUGCUAGAUCCGAAGCAGUGCAGUGGGGCGACAUAGUGCUACCGACUCUCCUCGAAAAUGUAUCGGAUGUUGUGACGCCACAACAAGCUCUGGGUGCCUUUUUUAACAACGAAACCGACAUGGCUAUGGCGGAAGCCAUGCGAGAAGAUUUCGCCCUCUACUUGCAAAGCAUUCUGACCAAUGCACAAGUCACCUUUCUUAUCCAAAGCGUUACGGUAACGAGUGCGCGACGGGCCCGAUUAAAAUCGCGCGCUAUUCUGAUUGUAGAUGCGGUACAAUCAUCACCGCCAGUACCCAAAUCCCGCUUUCGAUACAAAAAGACAGUCGUAGAUCAAAAUGAUUGGAAACGUCCCUACCCAUCGGUACGGACCGAGAGUGAUCCGUCUUUUCCGUACGACGAAAUUGCACACGAGCAUGCGGGAGAAGUCGAACGGGAACGCACAGUGGAGACGGCGCAGCAUAACAUGAAUCGCGGUUCAAGCAGUCCGCGGCACGUAAUGGAGAAUGUAUACGACCAUAUUCAUGAAGAUUUGGCCUAUACUGUACCAGCAACCCCUGUGUUCAUCAUAGCAGACAACAAUGCUUCCAAUUCCAAAUCGGGCUUGCCAACGAAUCUUUUGUCGCGGAAUGGGUGGGCGCCAAUGUGUACAAUAAAUGUCGUCCGAAAUUGUCGUUCCGCGACCAAAUUGGGAAUGAGUUCCUCGUCCGGUCCGUUUUUUGUCGAUGGGAGCGGCAAACUACGAGAAGUGCAUGAUGACAAUGGUCAACGCUCACUUUCGGGUAUACCGAAUACCGGUCUUUUGGAGAAAGAACUCGAGUUUCCGGCUUCCGAAACUAAUGAUGCAGAUCAAAUACGCAAGGACGAGACGAAAGAGACGACACGCAAGUCAUCAUUCGACAAAUGGGAUUGGUUGACAAGCAUGUGUUCCGCGACCUACGAUACGGACUCGCCGUCAAGCCUGUUCAAAACAAAAUUUGGGUCGGAGCAAGAGACGGCCAGUGCAGCAGGAGUGCCGACAAAGGCUGGAACGCAAGCUUAUUCUUUUAGCAGGUGUCUUCAUUGA